AUGGAUAACUUGAGUGAAAAAAUGAAAUUUUCGGGCAUCCAGGUUUUCAGUCUAUUUUCUCUAAUAUCUGGUUGUUUUUCGUCUAUUUUCUCACAACUACACACCAGAAAUGGCGGAUCUCAAUGCACAACUCCAGUUGACCAAUCGAUUCGAUCUGUAGAUAGUUCCCGACUCGUGCAUCCGAAUGAAUGCCUCUGUGACAGCACGACACAUCUUCGGAUCCAUCGUGAACACAGCUCGAUCCCAGUCGACAGACGCUCCCAACUUGCGGAAUUGAUCAUAGAUGACGUCUCCCUUCUCGUUCUUCCAAUGCCACACCUCCUGAUUGAAUCUGUCACGUCCCAAAUCGUGACGAGUCAAUCCACGUUCACGUUUCAGUCGUUUCUCGACGACGACCUGUGUGGCGAUUCCAGCGUGAUCACAUCCUGGAUUGAAGAGUGUUCUCUUUCCAUGCAUUCGAUUGAAUCGAGUGAUCGUAUCCUCGACAGUCGUUGCCAACGCGUGUCCGACAUGAAGAGUUCCUGUCACAUUUGGAGGUGGGAUACAGAUGACGAACGACUCCGGAUUGGCGCCUGGAUGCAACUUAUCAAUGUAUUCUGGCUUGAAGUAUCCUUCUUUCUCCCACCACGAAUACCACGCGGAUUCUACGUAGCUUGGCGAGUAUGCGGAUGGAAUAUCGGAGGAGAUGUCCUUCUUGAGUCCCGGAGCAGUGUUAUCCACAGGAACUGCAGUGGCGGCUGGGUCCUUUUUGGCUUUGGCCUGGAAAUACCGAAAAUUUCAAAGAAUCGCUCGAAAGUUACAGCUUUUUUAUCAAAAUCCCUGAGAUUUUCGAGUUUUCUACCAGAGAAAAUUUAA